ACAUUAUGUUCUAAUUAAAAUGGUACAUCCUUAUUAUAGUAAUAUACCCUAUGUACCCACGGGGAAGCCAGUGCCAGCUUACUUUGGACAGGGUCCUCCAGGGUUCUACACCCCUGUUGCACAGUAUCCUUAUCCGUAUAAUGGCUCGGCAGUUCCACCAUGCCCUCCUGUUUAUGCACAAGCAGGGGGAUUUUAUCCACCUAAGAACAGAAGUUAUACAAGAGGGAAUAGAAAACCACCUCCACCGUAUAUUUCAUCCGAAAGUAGACAUGGAAGUAACCGGAACAACGACAUUCAUGGGAAUCUAGAGGAGAAACAUAGUUGCGAGCCUUGUUGUAUGUAUUUCAGGACUUCGGCGGAACUCUCUGAACAUAUUGAUGACACCCACGUGGACUGCGAUCUGGAAGGUUGUGACUACUCUGCACCUAUUGAGCUAAUGUCUGUUCAUGCCCUCAAACACGUGAAGAACCACAAGGGCGAGUACGUACUGGAAUCAGCAGAAGAAAUUCGCAAAUGGGUUGCCAACCGUCGUAAUCGCCAUCCUUUAAACCGUAAUCGCGACAUUUCUGCAACUGAGGAGUCCACUCUAGAGCGUUUGUUGCGUGAUGCACACCGAAAGGUUAAAACCGACCGACCUCAAAAAAGUGUUUUAUACCCAGUGAUAUCAAAGGUGAAACCUCGUCCAAGUGCUCUACUGCAAUUAAGUGACCCAAUUAAGUAUCGCAAUUUAUUACGCCAGUCUUCAGGACCGUACUCAUAUAGACCAUCGCUGUCCAUGAAUAGAGCCAUAUGUCAAAACUACAAGCGUACGCGAACUUGUAAAUUUGGAGAUCGGUGUCAGUAUUCUCACGAUACACAGGCAUAUGGAUCACGCGAUUUCACUGUAACUAAGCGACCACCAACAUUGCUUCACGUGCUGAAGAACGAUAUUUAUAAGGCAGAGAAGCUAUUGGUCAGUGCUAUAAAAACUAUAGUGGAGCAAAACUUCUUUGAUUAGUCAAGCUAAUCUAUAAUAAAGAACAUGUUAACUCUGUGGUAUACAUGUUUUUGGUACUUCUACCUUAUAUGUCAGUGUUUUACCAGAA